AUGACAAUAAAUAGAAGCUUAAGGCUUCCUUUAAUCCUCACAAAAUCCUCAACAACAUCACUCAAACACUCCCUCUCCAAUUGUCCUUAUUUCUUUUGGAAAACACCACCACAACACCACUUUUCCACCACCAUAAAACCGCCACCAACCACCAUUUCCCUUGCUGUUUUGGUCGAUCAAUUGCCCUCCCAAACACCCUCCAUCCUUUCAACCAUCCACAUUCCUUCCUCCGACGGCGUUGCUAGGCAGAAAAAGGAAACGAAAGUAGCCAAAAGGUUGUCGGGCAGCCACUCACCACCUCCCACCAUCGUUGAAUCUCCAUCACCGCCUCUUGUUACUGCCUUUGGAAUCGAUAAUCAAGCAUUCAGACAACAGAUAGUGAUGGAUUUCAGACAAUCUAGUUUACUAGCUUUUGUUAUGUCUGCCUAUCUGUUUAAGGUACCUGUUGCUCGAACACCUGAGAACUAUGGAAAGAAGUUUUACGGGUGCCCUAAUUACAAGGUGGAAGAAGAGGACUGUGGUUUUUUGAAAUGGUACAAUGAAGAAGAUGGCCACAUUAUCGACCCAACUCACACAAAGCAUAUGCAGGGGCAGGGGCAGGGGCAUGGACAAUUGAAGACUUUGAAUGUUGUGACUUUAUAUUCUUUUGCUGUUGUUCUUAAUGGUGAUCAUUUCUUGAGUAGUUUUCCAGAUGAAAUGAGCAAGAAAAUGAAAGUGAAAGAAGCUUAUACGUAUGUAAAAGGUGCAGUUUCAAGAUUCAUAACUGCUAGCAAAGAAGCUAUCAAUUUGGGUGCUGAUGAAUCUGCCAUUGUUGACAUGAGAUCAUCUCUUACUACCAGAUCAGUUAUUCACAACAAAUGA